AUGGCAUCAGACGCGCAAAACAACCCCUUCAUAAGGAACCUUGCAUCUAGCGACAAGAAGGUUCGCGAUGAAGCGCUUAAUUCACUAAAAACUUACCUCGGCGCGCAAACUGAGAUAUCAGAAUUGGACUUGUUGAAGCUAUGGAAGGGACUGUUCUACUGCCUAUGGAUGCAAGACAAACCCGCCCUCCAGCAAGGCCUGUCGCGCGAUCUCGCCUCCAUAGUCUCGAGCCUCCGAACUCCCGUCGUACUACCCUUCAUCCGCGCAUUCUUCCUUACGAUGUCCAGCGAAUGGAGCCGCAUUGAAGCGCUCCGGUUAGACAAGUACCUCUACCUCAUCCGCCAGUACCUGAACGCAUCCUUCACUUUCCUGAGCAGAAACAAGUGGAAAAAGAACUUGUUGGAGCAAUGGAACACCGUCGUGGAAGAGAUACCCCUGGAGCGCCAGAACAUGAGGAUCCCGAACGGACUGAGAUAUCAUGUCAUGGAUAUUUGGGUUGAUGAGAUGGAAAAGGUUGAGGGAGAGGCAUGGGAGAAGGAAGACAAGAGGGAGACGUUGGAGACGCUAGUUUUGCCGGUUGAGAAGAUGGCGAAAGACGGCAAGUUGAAGCCGCUGAGGAACGCGGCGAAAGAGUGUUUGGCUGAUGAUAGGUUAAGAGCUUGGAGAGGGCAGGAAGUGGAGGUCGUGGAAGAGGCCGAAGAAGAAGACGAUUCAGAGGCAGAGUGGGGAGGCUUUGCAGACUAA